GCUAUAAAUUCCAAAAAGGCCACUCAACUCCCAGAGCAGGAUCCCUGGAAUUCUACUCUGUCAGCUGCUGCUGUUGCUACCGUUCUCAGGACCCUCACCAUGAAAGGCCUUCUGCUGAUCACCUUGUCUUCUCUGCUCUGCUGGGUCUCAGCUGACAUUCGCUGUCACUCCUGCUACAAGGUCCCUUUGCUGGGCUGUGUGGACCGGCAGUCCUGCCACCUGGAACCAGGACAGCAAUGCCUGACAACAAAUGUGUACCUCGGGAAGAUGUGGGUUUUCUCCAACCUACGCUGUGGCACACCAGAAGAGCCCUGUCGGGAGGCCUUCAACCAAACCAACCACAAGCUAGGCCUGACCUAUAACACCACCUGCUGCAACAAGGACAACUGCAAUAACCCAGCCCCUCGGCCCACCCCGGCCCUGGCCCUUGUCCUCCUUACCUCCUUGGCUGGCCUUAGCCUCUGGCUGUUGCACUGAGACUCACUCCAUGGCUGCCCCUCCUCCCACCUGCCUUAGCCUCUCUUCUUGUGUCUUCGUAUCCUCUGCUUCCUUUUGCUCAGAAAAGCAUUUCUCCAGACCCUUCACAUUUCUUUAAUUAGACGGUGGUCCCCCGAUCCAUCCUUCCAUCCCACACCCUCCACUCUGCUUCUCUGGAGUCUCUUUCCAUUUCCCUUGACACCACUCCAGAUCCUCCAUCGUCUCCUAGAAGGGCUCCGCACUUUGCCUCCUGAACUCCCCUGUGCCCCAUGUGAGGAGGGAUUGGAAUCUGGGCCUGAAAUGGGGUUUCUGUCCUGUCCCCAGUGAAGGCUCCCAGGAAGGACCUGAUGACCUCACUGUAUGAGCUGAUUCUCCAAACCCUGGCUCCCAUACGUACCUCAUCCCCUUGCUCACCCCUUUCCAUUUUGAGUAAUAAAUGUCUAUAUAUGAUCAA